AUGAUUUACAUCCUCAACAGAUCACCGACCAAAGCAGUUCGGAACAAGACACUGAUACAUGCGUGGCACCAUAGUAGGCCACAGGUGGAUCACCUCAAAGUCUUUGGGUGCAUAGCUUACGCACAUAUCUCUACCCCAAACCGAGACAAGUUUGACCAGAAGGGAGAGAAGCUGAUCUUCACCAGCUACAGUGAUGAGUCCAAAGGAUAUCGUCUUUACAAUCUAGUAAAGAAUGAAGUGGUGGUUUCCCAAGAUGUGAUCUUUGAUGAGAUGGAGGAGUGGAAUUGGGAAAAUCCAAUUUCUCAAUCUCUACCAAGUUAUGAAAUUCUGGAGGAUUCAGCAAUUCCAGAAGAUCCCAGCAACAACCCUGAUCCAAUUGCAAGUCCAGAAAUUUUUUUUUGCACCUAG